UAGUUCCGUCAUUCCGUGAUUCGGGAUUCCGUGAUUAUCAUGGGUAGUUUAAAGGUUUUAUUUUAGAAAACUGAUCGUUCCAAAAUGCCUUAAUGCCAUAGAUAAAAGAUAGAUAUCUCUUAAUUCUCUUGCCUAUUGUUCAUCAAUACCGUUAAAUAUUCAUUUUUUUUUUUAUGAAUAAAAGUUAUUUAGUUCAACAAACAAAAAGUUAGUUAAUCCAAACUAACAUUUUUCUAUUAACUUCUUUAUAUUUGUGAAUACUGACUGUGGUAAAAUGGAAAUGAACAGAAAUGAUGUUAUAUCGCUGGUUAUACGUAUGACUUUAUUGUCAACGUGUGCCUAUUUUGGUACAAGAUGGUUGAUCGGACAGAUUGAUCCAACAAAUCAGCAAAAGAAAAGAUCUAAGGAAACUGCACUUGGUAAACUCAGAAGUCUGGGUCUUCAUAAGAUGAAAAAUUUAACUGACCAUGAGUUGAUGAUAGCUAGUCACUUAGUCAAUCCAUAUGAUAUCACUGUUUCCUGGAACAACAUUGCUGGACUUAGUCAAGUAAUAGAUGAAAUCAAAGAAACCGUAAUAUUUCCAGUGCAACGAAAAGAAUUGCUUAGGAAUUCAGUUUUAACAAAACCGCCAAAAGGAGUUUUACUUCAUGGACCUCCAGGAUGUGGAAAAACAAUGAUUGCGAAAGCAACUGCGAGGGAAGCGGGAAUGAAUUUUUUAUAUCUGGAUGUGUCAUUACUUACCGAUAAAUGGUAUGGUGAAAGCCAAAAGUUAGCUGGAGCUGUGUUCAGCUUGGCUCAAAAGCUUCAGCCUUGUAUAAUAUUUAUUGAUGAAAUUGAUUCUUUUUUGAGAUCUAGAACCCAGCAUGACCAUGAAGCAACAGCUAUGAUGAAAGCACAGUUUAUGAUGUUAUGGGAUGGUUUAUCGACUGAUCCAGAAAAUACUGUGAUUGUGAUGGGUGCCACAAAUAGACCUAAAGACUUAGAUCCUGCCAUAUUGAGAAGGAUGCCAGCCACCUUUGAAAUAUCAUUACCGGACGAACAACAAAGAAAAGAAAUACUAACCUUAGUUUUGAAUACUGAACAAUGUGCUGAUAAUGUAGAUUUACAUCAGUUAGCCAUAACAACUAGCGGGUUUUCUGGUUCUGACCUUCAAGAAUUGUGUCGUAUUGCAUCAUUAUUCCGCAUCAAAGACUUGAUUAAAGAAGAAGAAAAAAACCAAAAAUGUUCUUUAAACUCCAAUUCAAUCAAUGCAGGCAAUAUUAAUAUGUUGAGGCCUAUCAGUAUGGAUGAUUUGCUUGCAUCUGUUAACAAGAUGAAAGCAUCCAAAGUAGUUAGUACCACUCAACUUAGGUUUUAAAGAGUAAUACAAUGAAAUAUUUGGUAGUCUGGUUGAAUGAUCAAUUUUAAUGUUUUAUGAUCCGUAAUUUAGUGGUAUUAGCACGAAUACUGUUAUAGUAACGGACGUUUUCACUCGUAGUCCUAGUUCAAUGUAAGCAUAAAAAGUAUUUUUUUCUUUUCAGGAGAAUGUACUUUGCUAUUGGACAACUUUGUUAUUUAUAUUAAUUACUUUUAAUUUAUUUGUAUUGCUCAUAAGUCAUAAAUAAUUAUUAAUUAAAUUUUGAUAAUUAACAACAUGUUAAUAAAUUAUAACUUUGUAUAUUUUGUUUAACAUCAUUUGGACACAAUACUAUGGAUAUUUAUGUAAAUAAUUUUAUUAUUUUCAUUUAUAUUUUAGUAAAUUACUAUUACAAUUUUUUUCGGUUAUUUCAUUGUUAUAUUAAUUGUAUAGCUUCUUUGUAACAUGUUCAAAACUAUUAGAUAACUAUUUAAUAUUAUACAUGAUGCUUUUUAUUUAAUUAAUCUAGAUUUGUAUAUAUUUUGUUUUUUCGAGCUUAUUCAGAUGUCUUAUAAUAAGACUUAUGUACUGUUAUUAUUAAGUUACUGUUGUUGAUUAGAAAUAACAUUUUACUUAUUAGGUGUUCAAAAUGUAUAACUAUUAACUUAAACUAGGAAAUAAAUAUCUGAUAAAUUAUAA